AUGCCUUACGAUCCAGAUAAAAGCUCUGAUCACAGCUCGCGUAGCCCUGAUUACAAUGACAGCGCGGAGCAAAUCCUUGGAGGUGGAGACUCACAUCGCAUCAUAUUGCGCUUCCCAGCAAAUGGCCAAGGAGCGCCAGAAGACUCUGAAGGAAACUACAUAUAUGACAAGAUAUACCCAGAGUAUCAGCCACCGGGCCUCAAGGAAACACUAGAUGAGUCUGCAAAGUCACGGUCACCGUCAUCAAAGGGGCGCAGCAUUGCAGCAGGAGAUGAAGUGCCUAACGAGCAUCCCAUUGAUAUCAUCCCAGAGCCCAAUUUGAAGCGUGCACUGUCAAGUGACUCCAACACUGAUUUAAAGUCUGAUGAGAAUCGACACUUUGCUGAUGCUAUCACAAACUCUCCACGACGGGCCAAACCACCUCGGAAGAAGCAGCGGGUCACCUUGCAGCCUGCAAAUCAAGCUGCAGUGUCGGGGAAUCUCAGGUUGGGGGAAGAAAUAGUUGGAUUGCUUCGGGAGCAAAUUGCAGUCCUAGCACACAUCCUUGAAGUUGUGGUAGUACCAGCCUGA